AUGUUGCACUACUGGGACCUGACAGCAAAAAAUAGCAGCUGGGGACGCAAAAGAACACAGGAAAAUGCCUCGAGGGUGUCUGCUCACACACUCCUCUUCUCCCUGGAUUACCAUCAUGUGCAAAUUCCUUUUGAGAUCACACUCUGGAUUAUGUUAGCCUCUCUGACAAAGAUAGGAUUUCACCUCUAUAAUAAGUUACCCACAGUUGUACCUGAAAGCUGCCUCUUGAUAUUUGUAGGUCUCAUCAUGGGGGGACUAAUUUACAGUUUAAAUGACAAAUCCCCACCAGUCAUGAACAGUGAUAUAUUUUUCUUGUAUUUAUUUCCACCAACAGUCCUUGAUGCAGGAUAUUUUAUGCCUAGUUGGCCAUUUUUUGAAAACAUAGGGACCAUUCUGUCAUAUGCUGUAGUUGGAACCAUGUGGAAUGCAUUUGGGAUAGGCCUUUCCCUCUGUGGCAUAUGUCAGGUGAAGUACUUCAAACUUCAAGAUGUGUCAUUGCUCCAUAACUUUUGGUUUGGUAGUUUGAUUGCUGCAGUAGAUCCUGUGGCUGUACUCUCCGUAUUGGAAGAAAUUCAUGUGAAUGAAAAGCUUCAUAUUUUGGUGUUUGGAGAAUCCCUCCUUAACGAUGCUGUUACUGUUGUGAUCUAUAAGUUGUUCAAAUCUUUCUCUGAAAUGCCAUCUAUCAAACCAUUGGAUAUUUUGGCUGGGAUAGGAAAAUAUUUUUUGGUUGGAAUAGGAGGCAUUUUCAUUGGGAUCCUGUUUGGCAUGGUUGCUGCCUUUACCACACGCUUUACCAAAACCAGCCAGGUCCUCGAACCUCUCUUUAUCUUCUUAUAUAGCUAUCUCUCCUACCUGAGAGCUGAAAUGUUCCAUCUCUCAGGGAUUGUGGCAUAAAUAAAAGUUAGACUGGUAAAACGCUUUGGGGACUGCAUUUUCCUUCUGUUGAUUACUCAAGUAUUCUACUUAUUGGAAAAUUUAGGAGUUCUUGUGCUGACUUUCUUCGUGAACAAAUGUCAUGUGAAUACAGUCACCAGAAAGGACCAAUUUAUUAUAGCCUAUGGAGGACUGAGGGGGGCAAUCUGUUUCUCCCUUGUUUUUCUGCUCCCAGAGUUUUCCAGAAAGAAGCUCUUCAUUGCAGCAACCACAGUUGUUAUCCUCUUUACCGUUAUUGUUCAGAGGAUGGCCAUUCAUCCUCUUGUUGACUUAUUAGAUGUGACUAGAAGAGAGACCUCUCCAACUGUGAGCGAACAAAUUUUCAUUCGGUUAUUUGAUAAUUUGCUGGCUGGCAUAGAAGACAUAUCAGGACACUGGGGACAAUAUUACUGGAAAGACAAACUGGAGUAUUUCAACAGCAAGUAUCUGCAGAAGAUUUUGCUCAGAGAAUAUGACCAGCUCAAAUCAAGCAUUGUGCUUCUUUAUGAAAAGCUUGAAAGAAAACAUGCCAUUGAACUAGCAGAAGCCGGCCAGUUAAUAUACACACCAUCUAGUGCAUCUUUUCUCCACAGUCAUGGAACAGCCAAGUCAGCCCCAUCCCCAAUGCCUCUGGAUCAAGAUCUUAUGGAUAAUAUUCAAGAAAUACUGACCACAAGCCUUUAUAAAAUCAAAGGAGUGUGCAGUGCAUUACAUGAUGUCCAAGAGUCCUAA